CUGGCUAAAGCCUUAUGGGACAAAGGUAAGGCAAGUGUACUGGCUUUAGCACAAGAAGGCGGUCCGUAAUUUCAAAUUCAGUGUCAGCAUACACCCGUAGAUAACACAGAAAAAUUCUUGGACUAAACAUAUAUGUAGUUUGCUGCAUAAUAGAGGAAUUCAUCGAGGAACUCCGACAAUGGCCAACAUAAUUGACAGUGAGGUUUUUCAGGCUUUCUCCACUUAUGCCACCAUUGUCAUUCUCAAGAUGAUGUUCAUGAGCGUUUUAACUGGAUACUUCAGAGUCACCAGAAAGGCAUUUGCAAACCCUGAAGACACUCACAUGGGCAGAACUCCUGAGGAGAAAAAAAGGAUGCUGCAGGUCAAUGAAGAUGUGGAACGUGUGCGAAGAUGCCAUCUGAAUGACCUGGAGAACAUCAUUCCCUUUGUGAUGAUUGGCUUGAUCUACACUCUGACAGGACCAGCUCUUUCCACCGCUCUGCUCCACUUCCGUCUGUUUGUCGGGUCACGUUUUAUGCACACAGUAGCAUAUGUGAACAUACUGCCUCAACCCAUUAGGGGUCUGUCCUGGAUGGUGGGCAUGGGCACUACUAUCUCCAUGGCCUACUGCAUCCUCACCACUGUAAUGCGGCUGUAGAGAGAAUCCUCAGAGAAACAUCACCGGACACCAGACCAUAUAUUAUCCAUUUACUACUUUUAAUGCAGCGCUGAAUACAUUUCUUUUUUUUAAAAAAAAUUUGCAGUGAUUUGUCAUGAAAUCUUACAGGAAUAACAUCAAGUGUAAACAAGUGUUAUAGUAAUGCCUUUAGUUCAUAUUGAUCUAGAGAUUUUUCUUCUAUGUUUUCUUUUAUCCUAUUCUUUUAUCCUUAUUCUUUUUAACUAUUUUCAGAGGACUGUUGUUGUAGUUAUGCAUGAAAUGGCAAUCGGACCUAAUUCAGGUGCUUCAUACCAGUGAGGGUGAAUAGUUAUGCAGUUACAAAUUUUAUGUUUAUUAUUUGCAAUGUUGCCAAAUAUUUAAAAGUUUCUCCCUUAUUCUGUAUUAUUGGCUACUUUAUGUAGAUUUAAUGACAAUUAAACUCAUUUCACUUAUAAGUUUCAACACUAAUAAAUAUAAAAAAGUUCAAGACUGAGGAUUUCAUCUGGAUUAGAUGUAGUAUUAACUAUGAAAAAUAAAUGGAAUAAGUGAUGAUGUUCUUAAAAAUUUCAGAACAACAAUAUCCCAGUCCUCAUUUGUGAUAUAAAUAUGCCCAAGUGUAUGGACGUAUGUCCAUCCUUCACCUCCUUUUAUCAACCUUUAGAUUCUCUCAAGAUUACUGCAAGGUAUAAAAAGAAAACUGAUCAAAGCUGCAAAAGUGAUAUGAAAAAAAUAGAGAGAGUAGAUUCCAGAGAGCAGGCUAACACAUUUGCCACAGAAACAAGCAUGUAAUGGUAAAGACAGAGCAGUCUGAAUGCUAUUAAAUUUAGUAUAAUUUCACAUCAGACAGUGAAGACAAGUUAACACAUUGUUCGAACUCCUGAAUACAACCACACCAGCUAUGAAAUAUUAUUAAUAAAUAUAUUUUUUUAAUAACCAUGCUAGUUUUAACAACAAUUAUUCAAAAGGUAAAACAUGUAAUAAAAUAUGUAAUAUCGAAUUUUUGUGUAUAUGAAUUUUAUAUGAAAAUGUUAUUUUGAUCUGAGCACAUUGUAAAGCAAGAGAAGAUAAGUGAAAAUAAACAUGCUAUAAAAUGGUA